CUAAUGCCCUUAAUUGGUCUGGUUCCAGCGCCAUUUCUUGUCUUUUGUCUGCUACCAAUUUCUGUAUUAUCCCUAUUGUGCACUGUCUUUUACUAACUUCUAUUCCGUUAAGGCUCUCAAAUAUUUUGUCCAGGUCCUGAUCACUCAUGAGCUUGAAGUAAAACCGAUACCAAUAAGCUGGCCUGCGCAAAAUUUAUUUCUCAAAAACUCGUGCAAAGAUUUACAGUUAUAUUAUAUUUAACACAAGUUAUUUUUUAGCUACUCUUUUUAUUAGAGAAAUUCAACAUACUAUAUUUUUUGCACUCUACUUACAUAUUUUUGAAUCUUAAUUCUAUUGUUUAAUUUUUUGUAGAAAUUUUCGAUCCCCUUUGGUACGUGAUUCCUUUUUUUGAGACGUCUCCUCCUUGAUGGGUCCGUACAAUUAUUCCCGAAUAGUUUUUACUAUUUUUUAUCGAACUUUAAUUUUUUUAUUCCCAUAUAGUUGGGCACCAAUUACGAAUAACCGUCUUUUUUCUUUAUUAUUAUCCAUUUAUUAAUCAGAUCAUGCUGUCUGAUGAGUUCUCUGUUACAAACUGACCCUUACAUUCCAAAGCUAAUGUCUUAAAUAAGUCCCUGCACCUUGUCUUAGUUGUUGUGUCCCGCAAUUCGUUGUUAGUAGUAGUUGUAGAGUGAUUGCAGCGGAUACGACGCCGACGCUUGCGUUGGCAGUUUGCCGCUACCGCUGUGCCUUACCCGUCAGCGUGGGAAUGUGAAUUCGUUGACUCAGGCCACGCGCGGACUUUGUUGUUGACAAAGGGCAGCUUAUGUUAACUAGUAUAUUGAGACGACGAAUGGGAUCCAAGCAGUAUGCACAUCGGCUCUCAGGGCUAUUUCGGAGAAUGUCUUCCGUGACGCCUUCAAUGAUUGUAAAUCGCGCUGGAAGUGCUGCAUCGACGCAGAAGGAGCCUAUUUUAAAAGUCUUUAAAGAACUGUAACGAUUAGGCCACGGGCCACUGACGACACAAAUUAUCUGCACAAGACUGUUGUUGGAAUUGAGUGGAAUUGCGUUCACUGAGUUCACAACAACAAAUUACUCGAAUUUGCGCAGAUAAUGUAGGCACUGGCCCGCCUAACGGUAAAUUCGUACAUUACGGUUCACAUACGCCAAUUGAUAAUUAGACAGACUGAGACGUGCAAAUAGAGCUUUUAAUAUUUUGUCAUUUCGAAAUUGACUGUGGUUAAGAAAGGGUCUUUAUUAAAAUAAUUAAAAAUAGUAAAAGUUAUACUGCAAUAUCGUGAUGGCUGUAAAUAAUUUUGUUACACUUAGAUCUGCUGACACAAACGUAGAUAUAUUUGAUAGGAAAAUGUGAAAAAACUAUGCUUGGAAGCAAGUUACCGUCAAAACUACAAGUGCUGAAAUGUUUUUUUUACUAUGUGCGGUGUGAAAAGAAAACAAUUAAGGAAAGUGCUAAAUUGGCUUCGAAGGAAAUAUUGCCUUUUUGGGAAAGAGCACGUAUUCCAACGUUAAACAAAAGAACAUGUGACGAUAAAUUGGUGAAAUUAUAUGAUGAGUUGAGAACAGUACAGAAAUUUUGUAAAUCUUCGUUUUCUAGUUCUCGUAAAAAGGAAAAUGAUUUCAAUGAUAAUUUAAACAAUUUAUUCGAUAUUGCACAUGCUGAUGCUUUAGAAAUGAUAGCUAUUCCUGAGGACCGAGACUUUUUAAUUAAACAAAGAGAGCCAGGUCGUUUUGGGAGCAUGAUUUCUAUAGAUCAAUGUCUCGCAAAUAAAGAAAACGGAAGGCGCAAAGGUUAGAAGAAGAAAAUCGACGCAGAGCAAAGCAUCAAAGAUUGGAAAGCACGCAAGGUAUGUAUUUAAUUCUGCUGAAACAAAUAAUAUGUAAGUUUCUCUUUCAACUAUUCUUUUUUAGAGUUGAGUGUAGACUAUGAUGUAAGUGAUGAAAGUAAAUGUGAGUCUGAAAACUCUGUAGAGCAGUUCAUGAUCGUAUCAAACACCAACGAGUUGAAAAAAAAACGUGGUAAAAAAAACUUCAUAGAUGAUAGAAUGCUUGCAUGGAUGCUGGCAAUAUGUCAACCCCACUCGCAAUUCAUUUUAUUAUUGCAACAGCUAAAGCUUUGGGUCACAAUAUUGAAGAUCUGGUUAUUAAUUGUACAAGUUUGAGAAAACAACGCAAGGAAUAUCGUCGGCGUCAUGGUACAGAAAUUAUUGAGAAUUUCAAGAUCCCUGAAACAUUUGUGUUACACUGGGACGGUAAACUACUUCCUGCAAUGACUGGAAAGGAAAACGUAGAACGCCUAGCUAUUGUUUUAACGGCAGAUAAUAUAGAAAAAUUAAUUUCCAUUCCAAUUAUGAAAUAUGGAAUUGGUGAAGCAAUCGCCCAGUCCAUAUAUGUAUAAUUACUUAGAAAAAAUGAAUAUGAUAAAUUUGGUGGAAAUGGUAUGCUUUGACACGACAGCUACAAACACUGGUAAACGUAACGGUGCUGGAAUGUUGCUGGAACAAAAAUUGAAACGUAGCUUGUUGUGGUUGCCAUGCAGGCAUCAUAUUGCAGAAAUCAUACUACGAGCUGUAUUUGAAAUAUAUUUUGGAAAAUCUUGUGGCCCGGAAGUUGCCAUAUUUGAACGUUUUUCGCGGGAAUGGAACACUUUCAAUUUAAAAGAUCUUUCUAUUGGAAUCAUGGAUGAAGAAGUGCGACGUGCUUUAAAUACAGAGGAAUGUGAAGCCAAUAAAGAAUUUUGGAUCAAAAAUAUAGCAAAAGACCACAUUCGCCAUGAUUACAAAGAGCUAUUGCAACUCAUGUUUAUUUUCUUAGGUGGCAGCACCCCGAACUUUUCCUUUCGUGCACUUGGCGCGACGUCACAUGCCAGGUUUAUGUCAAAAGCGAUAUAUGCCUUAAAAAUGUUUGCUUUGCAAAAACAAUUUAAAAUGUCUUCCAGCCAUUUGAAUGGAUUCCGCAAUGUGUGUAUUUUCCUGGUGCGUCUUUAUAUUCCGUAUUGGUUUCGAACUACUAAUGCAGUCAAAGCACCAAAUUUGGAUUUGAUGCUGGUAAAAAACAUUGCCGGUUAUUACGACCCAAAAAUAUCUCUAGCCUUAUUAGAUAAAAUGAAAAACCAAUUAUGGUAUCUGUCCGAGGAAGCCGUUGGUCUCGCCUUUUUCGAUUCUAAUGUGGACUUAAAUGUGAAAAGAAAGAUGGUUGAAGCACUAGCAUUAGAAAAAGAGUUUGAAAGCAAUGACGACAAUGGCGUUUAUCUGCAUAAAAAUGUAAAUGCCAGCAUUGAAGAAAUGAAAGCAUUCAUAAGUAAAGAUUUAAGUUGUUUUGUAACGCAAAGAACUACAGGGUAGGCCAUUUAAAGUUGACCCAUCUGGCAACGCUGUAACUUUUAACAGCGCUGACAAAUCGGCUAAUGUCAUACCGCGUUAGAAGCGUCAUUCGAAGACAAUUUAUACCAUGGAACAGUACACUCCAAAAGAACGCGCUGAAAUUGUUCAGCUUUAUAUUCAAAAUAACUUUUCAAUUGUGUUAACUCAACGUGCGUUUCGCAAAAAAAAUAAAGUGAAAAGUGCUCCAGUUAAGAACACAAUUAAGUCUUUAUACGCAAAAUUUGUGAACACCGGUAAUCUCAGUAAUGCCAGUCAUGCAUCCAGACAACGCACAAGACGUUCUGAUGAAAAUAUCGAAGCUGUACGAGCCAGUAUUGAGGAGACUCCAUCGACAUCGAGUUAUCGCCGCUCUCAGGAAUUAGACAUCUCUCGCACCACUCUCCGACGGAUUUUGCGAUACCCAUUAUUCGCGAAAAUGACAUGGAUAACUUCUGGUUUCAACAGGACGGGGCUACAUGCCAUACAGCUCGACCAACAAUCAAUUUAUUGCGACCAUUUUUCCCCGGGCGAUUGAUAUCGAAAAAUGGUGAUGUUGACUGGCCACCGAGAUCACCAGAUUUGACGCCACCAGACUUUUAUUUGUGGGGUUAUUUGGCUAAUAAGCCAAAGACCUUAGCUCAACUGAAAGCCAACAUUCGACGUGAAACAGCCGCCAUAUCAUCCGAAACAUUGGCCAAAGUCAUGGAAAAUGUCGAAAAAAGAGUGCAUUUAGCUGUCAAAGCUAAAGGUGCCCAUUUACGCGAUCUAAUUUUUAAAUAUUAGCUGAAACAAAUCCCCUUGGACCAAAAUAAAUUAUUUUUGAAAUGAACAAAAAACAUUGUUUUCUUUUGUUCUUUUUUUUAGAAACAAAUGGGUCAACUUUAAAUGGCCUACCCUGUAGAAAUAUCUUUUCACGAUUGGAAAUAGAUGUCAAAUUUUUCAACUUAGAUCCCUCAAACUGGUGCGAAAUGCAGAAUAUUUAAAAGGUGUGCAAAUCUUCAAAAACGUCACUGCUGUUAAUGAUUCUGCUGAGAGGAAAGUAAAACUAAUAACAGAUUUUAACCGGUCUUUAACUCAUAGCGAAGAAGAUAAACAAUACUUGCUUCAUAUUGUCGAGAACUACAGGCAAAAGUUCCCUUCAUAUACUAAAACUUCGCUUUUGUAAUGCAAAUUGUGGAAAAAUUGCGUCAUUUUAUUUUUUCUUUAAUAAAUAAACAGAUAACAGUAAAAAAAAACAAGUGUUUUUCUAUAUUUUGAACUUUGACCUCAUUAUGGCACAGGUUGGCACACUCUAAUUGAGUUAAAAAUUUACCACAUGAAUUAUUACAUCGAAUCGAAUAUUUGACCAAUCCCCGUACUCAAAAUUCCAAAAAAAAAAUAAAGCAUGGUCUAAUGUAUAUGUAUGUAUGGACAUUUGAAGAUGUCAAAAAGAGUUUUACCUUGUGUAUGUUGGAUAUACCGGCAUGGGCAAUUUUAUUUUACAGUACGAAUGACGCGGGAAAAGAAAUUUGGUGAGGUGCAGGUAUGCACUUU